CUCUCCGCAGUCGUGGCCUUCAUGGCGGCGAGCGCGGGAAUGAUGAUCGUCAAUAAGCUCGUGAUGCGAGGCUCCCACCUGCCCAUCACCAUCGUCAUCAUCCAGAUGCUCUUCACCGUCGUGACGAUCGUCGUCGUGCCGGGCAUGCGCAGGGCGAUUCGCUUUGGGUCGGCACGAGACGUGUGGCGCUGGACCCGCGCCGUGCCGCCCCUCUUUGCCUUGAUGCUCUCGACGUCGAUGCUCGCGCUUGAUCACGCCACCAUGGGCGCGUUUAUCGUCGUGCGAAACCUUGCACCCGUGCCUGCUCUUCUCUCCGAGGCGUUUAUUGACCGCUCGCUAAAGAUCGACCUGCAAACAAUGCUCGCGAUGGCCCUCUCUCUCGCCGGCGUGAUCCUCUACGCACGGAACGACCUGCACUCGUCGCCUCUCGGCUUCCUCUUCAUGGGCAUCAACCUGUGCGCCGCCGUGCUCGAGCGCCUCGUCCAGCGCACCCUCAUCGCACUCGACCCGAUCGACGUCUCCAAGCAGGGCAUGAUGAUGAUCAACAACGGCGUGGGCGCACUGCUGCUCGUCCCGCUUGCCCUCUCGCCGACGCGCUUCGGCGAGCUUGGUCACGUGCACGAGAUCGCAGCCUUUGACGCGAGGCAGUGGGCGCUGCUCCUCCUCAGCUGCAUCAACGGCGUCGCCAUCAGCUACGCCGCCAUCCACCUCCAAAAGUUCGUCUCCGCCUCCACGCUGAUGGUGCUCGCAAACAGCAACAAGUUUGCCGUCGUCGCCUUCGGCAUCUUUGUCCUCGGUGAGUCGCGCUCGUGGCAGGCUGUGCUCGGCUGCGUGGUCGCCCUCUCGGGCGGCGUGUGGUACGCCAGCGCCCGC